AAUCUUGAGAUAAUGUUAGCUACUGUACAAAAUAUUUCAUUCAUAACAUUCACACUUACUGGUUUUCAUGAUUUGGGAGAAUGGAGGCCCAUUCUAACUAUUCCCUAUCUUGUCAUGUUUUUAUUGUCUUCUAGUGCAAACCUUACAAUCAUAUAUUUAAUUAUUUCUCAGAGGGCUCUUCAUUCUCCUAUGUGCAUACUAAUUUGUCUUAUGGCAGUUGUGGAUUUCUCUUUGCCAAUAUUUUGUGUACCAAAUAUGCUGCUAAGUUUCUUAUUUGAUUGGAAAGGAAUUUCACUAGUGAGCUGUUUGAUGCAAAUGUUUUUCAUUCAUUUUGUUGGUACAUUUCAUUCUACUAUACUACUGUGGAUGGCUCUGGAUCGUUUUUUUGCUAUAUGUAGACCUCUUUAUUACCACAAAUACAUGGGAAUAACAAAUCUUUUGAAGUUCAUAAUUUUUCCAGUUAUCAGAAAUGUGUUCUUAAUUACCACAAUGGUUUCUUGGGCUGGAAAAUUGACUUUUUGUGCAACAAAUGAGAUAGAUCACUGUUUUUGUGAACACAUGGCAUUAGUUCAGCUUGCGUGUGGAGAUAUUUCCAUUAAUAAUGCAUUAGGGCUUUUAGCUAUUUUUCUUACAAUAACUGCUGAUUUUAUUUUAAUUUCAAUAUCAUAUAUAGUAAUACUUUCUUCUGUACUGAAAUCUGGCAAAUCCUGCUUAAAGGCUUUUAACACCUGCAUUACUCAUAUAAUAGUCAUGACAGUUAGUCUGGCUUUUGCUUUAAUUGCCUUUAUGUCAUACAGAAUAAGAAACAACAUCUCUCCCUCCAUUCGUGUCUUCCUGAGUACAAUGUACUUGCUUUUUCCAAGCUGUUUUAAUCCAAUAAUUUAUGGAGUACGAACCAAAGAAAUAAGAGAACAGUUUCUGAAAAUUAUGAAACAUGUUAAGGUCUUUCCCAAGUAA